ACAAACUUCAAUUCAUUUCCCUCUACUCGUUUGGCCAAAAAAGCCAAAAACAUAUGAAGGAGGAAAACCGACGUAUCCCGGAAUUGGAAAAAAUGAGUCCCCUUUCAUUUCAAACCGAAUCUCAGAUUUCUCCUGAAUCCGCCAUUGGAGGGGACCCAGAACCUCAAAUCUUCCAUUACGAGCCUGAAUUCAGUUCCGAAGACGAUCAUGACGAGUACGUUGUUCUGACGGACUGGAACAACACGAAGAAAAAGAACAAGAAGAAGAACCAGAUCUUGCUUGAGGGCUUUGUGGAGGCUUCAGAUGAGGAAAAUUUGACGAGGACGAAGAGUUUGACGGAUGACGAUCUCGAGGAGCUCAAGGGGUGUGUGGAUCUAGGGUUUGCGUUUUGCUAUGACGAGAUUCCUGAGCUCUGUAACACCUUGCCGGCGCUCGAGCUCUGUUAUUCGAUGAGCCAGAAAUUUAUGGACGACCACCAGAAGGUUCCGGAACAUUCUCCGCCCGAGUCGGUGGAUUCGGGGUCCAGUCCGAUUCCGAAUUGGAAGAUCUCUAGUCCUGGUGAUCAUCCAGAAGAUGUUAAAGCGAGGCUCAAAUAUUGGGCGCAAGCGGUGGCUUGUACUGUUAGAUUAUGCAACUAAAGGAGCCUGCGAAAUUGAGAGACUGUUGUGAAUGGAGAUUUUUCUAGAUUGUUAAAGAAGAUGGCAUGGAUCUUCUACUUGAGUUCGUGCUUUGCAAUCAUAAAAUUUUCCAUUUGUGGGCAGAGAUGAUUUAUUCUGAAACUGUCUUUGUUUGGUCUGAUUUCGAUGAUGGAUGAAGAAAGAAGAAGAAGAAGAAGAAGAAGAAGAAGAAGAAGAAGAACGUCUCAGGUUUUAGAUCAGCCAAUGAUUCAUUGGAGUUAAGAGUCUAAUUCAAUUCUUUAAGGUUAAGAUAUUAAUAAAUUGUAAUAAGUAGAACAUUGAGAAAGCAUUAUAUUUCUUUCAAAUUUUGGUUGCCUGUCUCUGAUUAUGUUUGCUGCUCUGUUAAUUUGAUGAUUUUGCAAUUCCAAUCUUAGUUAGUUGAGUGGCUUUUAUGCAGUGGUGGGAGCCCCAUCAAAGCUUCACCAACAGCCUUUUGCUUCACACCUCUGCACAUGCUGCUGAGAUAUUGUGCUAACUAUUUCUGUUCAGCCCACAAAUAUGGCUGGAUGAAUACGGGUUUGCUCGAUGUCGCUGGGAGUGGUGUGGGAGAACUGCCUACUUCAUCUGGGUUUAUGAUUGUUUUGCAUCUUGAACUUGGUGGCAUUUUCUAGCUUUGUAUCAUGAAUGAUGGUUUCCUGUUCAUUUAGUUGGUUCUUCCUGAGUGCUAACUAUUUCUUUCGAUCCACACACGUCUGGAUGAGUACCCGUUUGCCUUGCCAGAUGUAGUUGGAUGGGAGAGGAGGUAGGGAAGAAGAACUGACUGCCUUGCCUUGAAUUUAUGACUGGUUUGCAUCUUGAAUUUGGAGGUGUUCUCUUGUUCUUGAUUGAGAUGAUCAUUUGUUGUAAAUUGUAGUACAUGACUGACAACGAUCGAUGUGUUCUCUUCUUCUGGAUUGAGAUGGUCAUUUGUUGUAAAUUGUAAGUACAUGACUGGCAACGAUCAAUCGAUCGUUUUUACUUUUGUUCCUUUCGUUUGUUUAGUUCUUACUUUUGUGGCUUACCGAGUGCUAACUAUCUCUCGUCGGUCCACACAUAUGGCUGGAUGAAUGAAUACCCAUUUGUCCCAUGAUGUUGGGAUCGAUGGGGGAAAACUGCCUAUUUCAUCUCCACAUCAAAUGAAUUCCAUCUUGAACUUGAAGAUGCUUUCUGGUUUGUUGUAAUGACAUGACUGGAAAACGAUCAAUCGAUCGGUCGUUUUUUACUUCUUCCCCUCGGUUUGUUCUCAUCUCUGGUUUAUGGAAAGAGCAACAGAUUCUUCCAAACAUGUCCAAUGUCUUUUAGGUUCUAUCACGUGAUACAGGGAAAUGGAGAACUGCACAGCGGACAAUAAAGAUGAUGAACACUACCACACAUCCCAAGUAAGGCGAGGCUUUUUGUAGGCCAUGUAUGAGAUUGAGGGGAACAAAGCUGAAAGAAACGGUUCAUUUAUGCAAUCCUUGCUGUGUGAUAGUGUACUAAAAGCUUAUUCUUGUCGGGUUUUCUACGUUCUAUUUUUAAGACGAUUAUCUUUCAGUUUCGGGAGCUAGCUAGCUUGAAUGUCCACCUUUGAACGACGUUCGUUUAAUCAUUGAUUUAUUAGGAUAUUCUGUAAUUUUAUUGUCGGGUUAUGUUAUA